GUCAGCUAGUGGCAACAUAGAGAACCUCCUCCCUCCUCCUUUUUUUGAAGUAGGUUAAUAAAAAAUUGCUUAUAAGGGCCGCGCACACGGGUGAUUUAUGUCGCCUGUGUUACCCAAGUCGGUGCACGCUAUUAUAGCGUCUCUCUCUUCUGUGGACGCUUCUCCGCGACGCACGUGACAGUGAAAGAAAGUUUUUUGUCACCAGCAGUUUUUUGUUUUAUUCUCAUUGUUGUCUGUUGUUGUCAAUUGAAUUAACUAAUAAAUUGAUUUUGUAGAAUACUAAAAAUGGGCAAACAUUUUGGUGAACUUGCUACAAUUCGUGGCAUAAUCGCCUACAAAAUAUCUCCUCAUGAACAGAAACCGUUUGCUGGAGCCUUUUCUUACGGAAUUCCAAAUUGUUUUCGAAGAUUUCGAGAAUGUGUUUUUGUCGUAGUCCCGCCUUUCGUGGUGGGGUACUUGGUUUACAAAGCCGCGGAAGAAGCUCACUAUUUGUCUAAAAGAAAGAAUCCUCGAGACUUUAUGUUCGAAGAAGACCCAGAAGCUAAAUAAUUGAUUGAACUACAUAUUGAGCUUUGUUUAUUUAAAUAAAUAAAUUGUUAGUUCUCUUA